UGGAAACAGGAGAGACACUCAAGGAGAAGCAGAGCUGUUUACAACCUUCUCUGAUAUUCCUCAGCACCUUUGUCCUCGUUGGGCCCCGCGGAGGUGAUCCUGCUGCAGCGCGGGGUGGGGGAGACCAGGAGAAAAGAAAAGUUCUGAUUCCUCUGGAGGACAAGAGAUUUGACUCGUAUGAUGUCUGUGGUGGGCUCUCAGCCUUUCAUCAAGCCAAUGCAGACUUCACCUUCAGUUUCGCCCGGUAUCCAGCGCAGACACACGCUCCCAGCAAGCGAGGUGCGGCCGCUUAACACGCAGGAUGCGAUCAGCGUGUUUGAAAUCGAGAGGGAGGCUUUUAUCUCAGUGUCAGGGGAGUGCCCCCUUCACCUGGAUGAAGUGCGUCAUUUCCUCACGUUGUGUCCGGAGUUCUCCAUGGGCUGGUUCGAAGAGGGCCGGCUGGUGGCGUUCAUCAUCGGGUCUCUGUGGGACCAGGACAGGCUCACCUCAGAUGCGCUGACCCUGCACAAGCCCCGCGGCUCCACCGUCCACAUCCACGUCCUGGCGGUCCACCGUACCUUCAGGCAGCAGGGAAAAGGUCCCAUUUUGAUGUGGCGCUAUCUGCAGUACCUGCGCUGCCUGCCCAACGUGCGUCGAGCUGCGCUGAUGUGCGAGGACUUCCUCAUCCCCUUCUACCGCAAGUCAGGCUUCAAGGUUCUGGGCCGCUGUGCCAUCACUGUGGCCAACCUCACCUUCACUGAGAUGUGGUACCCGAUCAGCGGCCAUGCAUACAUGCGCCGCAACAGCGAGGCGAUCCGCUUCCCCCAGCAUCCCCUGACUCUGCCGCUCACAAAGACUGAUGAGCAAGUCGAUGUAUGACUUUGUUCUCUUUUCUUGUUUCUUUUAUUUUUAUUUUUUUUACUGAAAUCAGGCACUUGCACACAGAGCCGUUUCAAGAUUGUAUGAGGCCCUGAGCCGAAUUUUAUUUGGGGGCCGACUCCUUCUCUAGUAAAAAUGUGUAACAAAGUUAAAUUACGAUAGAUUAUGUUAAUCCCUGAGAAAAAUCAAUACUUUUCCUUUCAGUGUAGCUCUGUACAUUACAUUAAAGGAAAUCACGGUGAGAUUUCUGUUUAUCCUCUGAAUUAUAAAUUUUUUUAAAAAUCAUACCUUCCGGCAAGGAAAGGAUUUUAUCACCUAAUUCAAAAUGUUAACACACACCUUUAACCUAAGAGGGAAUAGUUGGAAAGAGUGAUGCAUUGCCAGCACCAGACAGCACACAGAACAAAGAGAAGAGUGCCUUACUUAAGGUCUGACCUGUUGCUGUUUUAAUUCUCACUAAAGCUGCCCUGGUCUCUACGGACGUGCGAUUCCAGCACCCAACCCCUGCCCGAUUGAAGUGUUGUGCUGAGAGUUGAACUUCAUCCAAGCUGAGAGGCUGUCAAGUCUCAAAACAAACAGCUUUUCAAUCGGCCUCGGGUUGCUCAAAGAAUCGUAGGUGCGGCUGUUUCUUGGAUGUCUGGAUGCUACCAAAUUUGGAUCAGCGUGGAACAGAAUGGCAAAUACGUAGGGUAAAGCAAUUUAAAUAAUUUACUGGAUUGAGCUGAGCAAGCCUCAGUGGAAAGAAAAAAUCUAAUUUUACCACAUUGGCCACUUCUAAAAACUUGCUGGGCCCUUGGAUGAUUUAACUGGGAAAUAAUAUGAAUUCAAGAAAGUAGAGGAUAUAUUUUACUGAGUUUAUUUAUUUAUGUUUUUUGUCAUUUAUAGUAUGCCACAUUGAAAAGCCUGUCUCUCCCAAACCUGCUCUCAACCCAACCUCAAUAAACAUGAUGGCAGCAAAAUAAAAUUCCUGUGUUAUAGCUUUUGGUUUUGGUUUCGCACUCUGAGAUUGAAUAUGGCCCCCAUCCGCCUGCCCUUUUGACAACCUCCUGGAGGCGCCCCUGGUUGCAUUAACAACCAACCUAUUUACGACUUGUGAACCAUCAAGGUUUAGCUUAGUAAGUGUAUUACUUGUGCAUUUGUUAACAUGUCUUGUGUGCAUUAAGGUAGUUGCAAAGUUCAGCAAUAGCUUGUUUGAAUCUAAAAGGAAGGAAAUAAGUCAAUGUUCUUUAUAGAGUCUUUCAGGGUUUAAUACACACGUGAAACUGAUUUAUUGCACAUUUUCUCAGGUUUCUAACUGAAGCCAAUUAUCCAAAAUUGUGUGGAUUAUAUUACUAUGUACACAAUAAAUCAAGAAUAUAUUAUAGCCCAUUAUAAUAGAAAGUGUUAUGUGUUAUCAUGUGAGAAACAUAAAGCGUUGAGCUGAACUCUAACUGUGUCUAUAACUGGUGUAACAUGGGGCAGUUGUAAGCUGUUUCCUGCUUAACACCUUCCAGGGCUUCCCACACUAUGAACUGACGUCAGUCAUCAGGCCUUAGCCGCUCAAUAACAGCACCUCCGGGUCCUGCUGCGCUAUUAUGGAGGCUUUAGCUGUUGUGAACGUCUGGGGAUUUAGAUCUACUCAUCCGUUAGCCUGCAGUGACCUGACAUAAACCUGCAUGUACACUGCAGAUUUUAAUCACCCUGACUUUUGGUCCUAAAUUUGUUUCUGUUGCAGCAACACAAAUGUCAAAAAAAAGUUUUAUAUUGGUUUUUUUUAAGAUGAAAACUGCUCCUGAGUUGAUGUUUUUUAGACAAAGACAUAUUACCUUCUUUUGACCAAAAUAAAGUCUUGCAAGUGUCCUCACUAACAAAUAUAGAGUCAAAAAACGACUGGAUUUCUGCACUACCCCUCAUGGAGAGCAUGUAGAACUCUUCAUGAUUUAUGCACAGAUUGCCUUCAGCUGUCUCUUAAAAGCAUGCAGGCAGAACUUUGUGGAGCUUCAAACUUUAAUCCGUGAGAACCAGGUCUUAAUCCACUAACAUGGACAGGUGAGCAGCUUCGUUUCUACUGAAGGACAAACUGGGCAGGCAAUGGUCCCCUUUAAAAAGUGACCCAGACCUUCAGUUUUGCAAACAUGAACUAAAACAAAAAUGAUUCCAGGUUUCCUGCAGAUCAAGCUAGAAUCUUUAAAGGAAUAAGUAACUUUUAUCUAUAAUUUCAUAAACCAAAAUAUAUUUACUGCUUAAAUCAUAGUGCAUGUCUUUGCUGGUCUUUCACCAAAUUUUGAUACAUUUGCAACAAAUCUAAUUGCUUGAUAUUUAUUUAUUUAUUUUUGAACUUUUUGAAAUUUCCACAACUUCAACGUAGUUUAUUGGAAUUUCAUGUGAUUGACCAACACAAAGUAGGUCAUUAUUGUGUAGUGGAAUGACAAAAAUACAUGCUUUUUUCAAAUUAUUUUAAAACAUAUGUGAACAGCAUGGCCAACAUUUGUAUUCAGCCCCCUGAAAUGCCAAACAGGGUGGCCCUCUAUUUAGCUCCGUCCAUAUUCCCAUCAACUCUGAUCAGCUUCCCUGUCCUUGAUGAUCCCACAGCCUCAUGCUGCCACCACUGUGUUUCACCACAUGGGAUGAUGUGUUUAGAGUGAUAUAAAGUGUUAGUUUUUCAUCACACAUGGGGAUUUGGAUGUUGGCCUGGUACUCUGUCAGUUUAGGUAUUUCUAAUGCCUCUUGUAUUUUGUCUAGGUCUGUUUAGUUAUUGUUAACUGUAUGUUCACUCCAUGUCCAUUAGUCAAUUUUUCCCUCAGUUACUCAUUGCCUCGGCCAUUGCAAGUUUCCUUUCAUUACCCUCACCUGAUCCUUAUUCCAGAGACACCACCUCUCUAUAGUUAUACCCCUGGAAUGGUCUGAUUCUCCUGUUUACCUGUCCUGUUAUUCUGCUGAUGUCCUAAGUUUCUUACUCCUUCUGUGGUUCAUGUGUUGCCCCUGUAUUCUCUUUUUGGACUGCUGGUUGAUUGUGUUCCUUGUUUGGACUUUGCUUUAUUAAACACCCAUCUUACUAUGA